AUGGACACAGAUACUGGCCUCAAUCAUACAAACGGCUCUUCACAGCAGCAUCAAGACACAGAGUUGUUCUCGUCUGAAGAAGACAGCAGUCUCUACUUCACCUACAGUGGAGGGUGCAAUGAGCUGGAGGUCAACGACCUGCACUAUGAGGUGGACACAGCUGCUCAGAUCCCCUGGUAUGAGAGGUUGUCAGAGUUCAAGUUGCCGUGGGAGAUAAAAGGAAACAAGCAGACAGCCAUCAACAAGCUCAGCCUCCGAGUCCGCAGCGGGCAGAUGCUGGCCGUCAUUGGCAGCUCAGGUUGUGGUAAAACAUCUUUGCUGGACAUAAUAACAUGUCGCGAUGAGGGCGGUACAAUGACGUCCGGCCAGGUUCUGAUCAACGGGAAGCCCAACACGCCCCAGCUAGUGAAAAAGUGCAUCGCUCAUGUCCGCCAAGACGACCGCCUUCUUCCUCACCUCACCGUCCGUGAAACUCUUGUCUUUGUUGCCAAAUUGAGACUCCCCACCCACUUCACACAGGCCCAAAAGGACCAGAGGGUGGAUGAUGUCAUCGCUGAGCUGCGGCUGCGACAGUGCGCUCACACCAGGGUGGGAAAUGAUUAUGUGAGGGGUGUUUCUGGAGGAGAGAGGAGGAGAGUCAGUAUAGCUGUUCAGCUCCUCUGGAACCCCGGUAUUUUGAUCCUGGACGAGCCCACUUCAGGUUUGGACAGCUUCACUGCUCAUAACCUGGUGAUCACACUGUCCCGCCUGGCCCGGGGAAACCGUCUGGUGCUGCUGUCGGUCCACCAGCCUCGGUCAGAUAUCUUUCAGCUCUUUGACCUUGUUGUCCUGCUGUCGUCGGGUUCAGCCGUUUACUGUGGCGCUGCUCGUGACAUGGUGCCUUACUUCACAGCCCUGGGAUACCCCUGCCCACGAUACUGCAAUCCCUCUGACUUCUAUGUUGAUCUGAUCAGUAUAGACCGGCGCAGUCCGGAGCGAGAGGCCGAGUGUUUGGAGCGGGCCACAAUUUUGUCUGAGCAGUUCAUGGACAAGGUCCGAGACACAGAAGAUCACAUGUGGAAACCAACUGGGAUUGAUGCGGCACUGACCCAAUCUGAAAAGUAGCCAUCGGCUGAGCGGGGUAAAAGGAGAGGAAAGGAAGUCAUCACUAUUUCCAAGCAAAGAAACAGUCUGCCUGGCAGGCUACACCAAUUUACCAUCCUCAUCAGGCGUCACAUGUAUAAUGACUUUAGAGACCUGGUCACCCUAUUGGUCCACGGCUUCGAGGCCCUCCUCAUGUCAUUGCUGGUCGGUUGUCUCUACUAUGGGGCAGGAGAAGAGCGUCUGUCCAUUCAGGACACAGUGGCCCUCCUCUACAUGAUCGGAGCUCUUACCCCAUUUGCUGUGGUGCUGGACGUCAUAGCUAAAUGUCACACAGAGAGAGCCAUGCUGUACCAUGAGCUGGAGGACGGCAUGUACUCUGUCACCUCCUACUUCUUCGCCAAGGUCCUGGGGGAGUUACCAGAGCACUGUGUGUUCACCUUGGUGUACGGCCUGCCCAUCUAUUGGCUGGCCGGGCUUAACGAGGCUCCGGAGCGUUUCCUGCUCAACUUCCUGCUUGUGUGGCUGAUGGUUUACUGCAGCCGAGCCAUGGCUCUGUUUGUAGCUGCUUCGCUGCCCACCCUGCAGACCUCAGCCUUCAUGGGCAAUGCCUUGUUCACUGUCUUCUAUUUGACUGGAGGUUUUGUCAUCAGCCUGGAGAAUAUGUGGCUUGUGGCCUCAUGGCUUUCUCAUGCCUCCUUUAUGCGUUGGGGUUUUGAAGGCAUGCUGCAGGUGCAGUUCAGAGGCAACAAGUACCGCGUCACUAUCAGUAACAUCACCAUCAAUGUUGACGGCAUACACGUGGUGGAGGCGAUGAACAUGAACCAGUACCCUCUGUACUCAUGCUAUUUGGUGCUGCUGGCAGUCUGUCUGGUCUUCAUGGUCCUCUAUUACUUGUCCCUAAAAUUCAUCAAACAGAAGUCCAGUCAGGACUGGUGAACAGAUCUGGACCAACUGUCAGACCAAACACUGUCUAAAAUCACACACGUCAGGAGGAAAGGUUUUACUUUUAAGAUGUUUUUUGCAGCAGUAGUGGAAGGAAAUUGGAUUCUAGCUCGACUAGUUCGACACCAUUGUUAUUUUACUGUUUUACAGUGCAAAGGUGCUUAAUCAAGGGGGAGGAAAUGUAAAAUAUGUGUUUUGAAUUUACAUUUCCCCGAUAAUUUCAACAUCUGAAGCUCCCUGUACCUUUUUUAAUGGUAAAAACCCAUGAAAUAACCACCCUGGCACCUCAGUAGAGUGUAAAACGUCACUCUUCUUGAUAUAGGAAAUAAUGUCUAAAAGUGCAGCAGUUCCCCUCAAUCUUUGACUAGUUGAAAUGAUCCCAACAUGCAGACGUUAACUGUUUAAAUAUGGGAAUAAGAAUUUGGAUAAGCAGAAAAGCACUUGUUGCAGUACCGCUGUCUGCUGCUGGAUGGCAGCAGAGCACUGCAGUAUCAGCAAAGUUAAAAUUAUGGCAUUUCUUUUUCUCCCUCUCUUCUUCAUCUUGGCAAAUGAUUAGAGCGCCACUUUGGCAGAUAUCCAUCUGCAGCUUUUGCUUGUUCCAUUUUCAAUCUUCUUUUUUUUCUACAGCUUUAUCUUUUUUGUAUAUGUAAGGUUAUUAAGCUUAACAAUGUGUAUGCCAGUAUAGGGAGCACUGGGGGGAAAA